CUUGCUGAAGAAGAAGGACUCGCCGCCACAGCCCCCGAAGAAGAACUACGCCCAGGAGUACGAGUUCGAGGACGAAGAGAAGGAGGAUGUGCCGGCCGACAUCCGGCUCAACAACCGGCGGCUCCCCGACCUGCUGCCCGACCUCAUCUCCAGCUGCCGGACCCGCACCAACCUCAGCCCCGUCUCCGACAUUGACUUCUGUUCUGGCAACAACCUGAACGGUGGCAAGAAGAAGGCCAAGAGGGCGUCCAAGCCAAAGGAGAAAGGGCCCCCGAGACCCCGGGGCCGACCGCGGAUCCGGCCCCUUGAGCCCCCCCAGGGCGUGGCUCAAGACGGACCCAAGAAAAGGGGCCGGGGCAGGGGAAGGGGCAAGAAGAUCACGGAGAAUGAAAACGAGGGCUUCAAAAUGGAGAAGCCAGUGAAACCCGGCAAGGGCAAGGUUCAAGGGUCAAAGGCGAGUGAGAUUUUGCCCAUCGAGCCUCCAGAGUCUGUCCCAGCGGAGAGCGUCUUGGAGAACAGUCAAACCCAAGAAAAGAUCAAAAAGAAAAUAAAAGAGGUGGAGGAGAAGCAGCCGGAAAUGAAAUCUGGAUUCAUGGCCUCGUUCCUGGACUUCCUGAAAUCGGGAAAAAGGCAGCAGCUGCCAGCCACGACCUCCAGCCCGCAGAAAGGACGCCCCUCAUCGGUCAUCAACCAGCCGUCGCAGGCUUCCUUCGGCCUGGCACAGUCAAUGCUGUCAGGGCCUCUGGACGCCUCGGAGAGCGACAGCCUCAUGAGCUGCGCCAGCCCCUGCAAGAGGUUCGACGACGACCUCAAGAAGAACCUGGAGACUCUGCCGUCAUUCUCGUCCGACGAGGAGGAUUCCGUCAGCAAGAACCAGGACCUGCAGAAGAGCAUCACCUCUGCCAUCUCUGCCCUCUACGACCCGAUGGAUCGCAAGGAGAACGACACGACAGGUACCGUGCUUUCUUUCCAAACGUGAGGGAAUCAAGGUGGGAAACCGGCAGGAAUUCAAAGUUAA